CUCGAGUAGAAGUCGGACCCCAAAACCCCCUUCGGAUAGAACGCGAUCACGUAGCCAAGCUGGAGUGCCGGGUGGAUGCCAAGCCCAUGGUCAGCAAUGUGAGAUGGUCGAGGAACGGGCAGUAUGUAAGUGCCACGCCCACUCACACCAUCUACAGGGUGAAUCGUCAUCACGCCGGAAAGUACACCUGCAGCGCUGAUAAUGGCUUAGGAAAAACGGGAGAAAAGGAUAUAGUUCUGGAUGUCCUGUAUCCACCGAUUGUGGUCAUCGAAUCGAAAACCCACGAAGCCGAGGAGGGAGAAACGGUCCUCAUUCGAUGCAAUGUCACUGCCAAUCCAUCGCCCAUCAACAUUGAAUGGCUGAAGGAAGGAGCCCCCGAUUUCCGACAUAAUGGCGAGCUAUUGACCCUGGGCUCUGUGAGGGCGGAACAUGCCGGGAACUACAUCUGCCGAUCGGUGAAUAUAAUGCAACCAUUCAACUCUAAGAGGGUCGAGGGCGUUGGUAACUCCACGGUGGCUCUGCUGGUUCGCCAUCGACCUGGCCAGGCCUACAUAACACCCAACAAGCCAGUGGUUCAUGUGGGCAAUGGCGUGACCCUGACCUGCUCAGCAAUGCCUCCCGGGUGGCCAGUGCCACAGUAUCGUUGGUUCCGCGACAUUGACGGCGAUAUCGGAAACACUCAGAAAAUCCUGGCCCAGGGUCCCCAGUACUCCAUCCCCAAGGCGCACUUGGGCAGCGAGGGAAAGUACCACUGUCAUGCUGUCAAUGAGCUGGGAAUCGGCAAGAUAGCCACCAUUAUCUUGGAGGUGCAUCAGCCACCGCAGUUCCUGGCCAAGCUACAACAGCACAUGACUCGCCGGGUGGGCGAUGUGGACUAUGCCGUGACCUGCAGUGCCAAAGGGAAACCAACUCCCCAGAUUCGAUGGAUCAAGGAUGGCACGGAAAUUUUGGCCACCAGGAAAAUGUUUGACAUACGCACCACACCCACAGAUGCCGGUGGCGGUGUAGUGGCGGUUCAGAGCAUUCUCCGAUUCAGGGGCAAGGCUAGACCCAAUGGAAAUCAACUGCUGCCCAACGACAGAGGUCUCUACACCUGCCUUUACGAGAACGACGUAAACUCGGCCAACUCCUCCAUGCAUCUAAGGAUCGAACACGAGCCGAUAAUCAUCCAUCAGUACAAUAAGGUAGCCUACGACUUGAGGGAAUCCGCCGAAGUUGUGUGCCGUGUCCAGGCCUAUCCGAAGCCGGAAUUUCAGUGGCAGUACGGAAACAAUCCCUCACCUCUGACCAUGUCCUCCGACGGCCACUACGAGAUCAGUACGAGGAUGGAGAACAAUGACAUUUACACCUCGAUCUUGAGGAUAGCCCACCUGCAGCAUUCCGACUAUGGGGAGUACGUCUGCAGAGCCGUGAAUCCGUUGGACAGUAUCCGAGCACCCAUUAGAUUGCAGCCCAAGGGCUCACCGGAGAAACCGACCAACCUUAAGAUCCUGGAAGUGGGUCACAACUAUGCCGUCCUGAACUGGAUACCAGGCUUCAAUGGAGGCUUUUCGAACACCAAGUACUUGGUUAGCUACCGCCGAGUGGCCACCCCAAGGGAGCAGAGCCUGUCCGACUGCUCAGGCCAUGGCUAUAUCCCCAGCUACCAGAUCAGCAGUUCGUCCAGCGGCAACUCCAAUCAUGAAUGGAUUGAGUUUAACUGCUUCAAAGAGAAUCCCUGUAAGCUGGCACCUUUGGACCAGCACCAGAGCUACAUGUUCAAGGUCUACGCUCUUAAUUCUAAGGGAACCUCUGGAUACUCCAAUGAGGUGGUGGCCACCACGAAAGUCAGUAAAAUUCCACCGCCCCUGCAUGUCAGCUACGAUCCCAACUCCCAUGUCCUGGGCAUCAAUGUGGCAGCCACUUGCUUGUCCCUGAUUGCCGUGGUCGAGUCGCUAGUAACGCGUGACGCAACUGUACCCAUGUGGGAGAUUGUGGAGACACUGACGUUGCUGCCCUCGGGAAGCGAAACCACAUUCAAGGAGGCCGUCAUCAAUCACAUGUCCCGACCGGCUCAUUACACGACCGCCACCUCGGGCCGCAGUUUGGGCAUGGGUGGCGGUGUGGUAGGAGGCGUGGCAGGUGGCUCCCAUCACGGUGAGGAUCGAACAAUGGCGCUGGCGGAAACAGCAGGCCCAGGACCAGUGGUAAGAGUUAAGCUAUGUCUGCGAUCGAACCACGAGCACUGCGGGGCCUACGCAAAUGCAGAAAUUGGCAAGUCCUACAUGCCGCACAACUCCUCUAUGACGACGUCCGCCCUGGUGGCCAUCAUCAUCGCCUCGAUAUCCUUCUGCAUCUUUCUGGCACUUCUGUACGCCUUCUGUCGCUGUCGCAGGACACACGCUGCCAAAAAGGAGGCGGCCGGGGGGACAGGCACAGCCACAAACACCACGACUCCCGGUACCGCCGGAGGCAAGGAGUACGACCUUGAUUUGGACGCCAGCCGGAGACCCUCGCUGACCCAGACGUCGGUGGGUGACCCGCAACAGCAGUCGCAGCAGCAGCCCCCGCCCCCACCGCCCUACUACCCCACCGGCAGCCUGGACUCCAAGGAAACCGGUGGAGGCUGUGGCAUGGAGCUCACCCUCACUGCCCUCCACGAUCCCGACGAGCAGCUGAAUAUGCAACAGCAGCAGCACCACAGCAACCACGGCCAGUACCAACAACCCAAAGCCAUUCUGGGAAUUUACAGUGGUGCCGGGGCAGGAUCUGGGGCAGGCAGUGGGUCAGGAGUAGGAGUCAGCAGUGGUGCACACUCAAACGGCUAUGGCUAUCAUGUGACAAGUGCCAUCGGCGUGGACGGCGACAGCUAUCAAGUGCUGCCCUCCGCCGCCAACUCGGCAGCAGGAUCCCACGGAAUAGGACACGGACAUGGACAUGGACACGGCAUCGGAACCGGAGCCGGAGAGUGGUCGAGCAACAAUUCGAAUGAGAACAACUACAGCAACGCCAGGGACAUGUCGCAGGAGGCCUUGUGGCGCCUCCAAUUGGCCGCCGCCCAGUCGCAGCAGAUUUACGUAGAGCGGCCGCCGUCGGCGUUCAGCGGCCUGGUGGACUACAGCGGCUACUCGCCGCACAUCCAGACGGUGACCAGUUCCCUGAGCCAGCAAAGCUUCGUUGCAGCCGCCGGUGGGUCUGCCCAGGGGCAGCCCUUGGCGCCCCACGAAAUGUUGCAAGCUGCCCAGCGGUAUGGCACCUUGAGAAAAUCCAGCAAGCAACCGCCUCUACCACCGCAGAGAAAGGACCUGGGACAGCAGCCCAAGCCACAGCAGCAAAUGGCGGAUAUAAUACAGGAUUUGGCAAAUUAAACUAAUUGGCCGUUAAGAGAAACCAACAUACAUUUUGACAUUAGCAUUUAAGUAAGUCUACAACAACAGAAAAAAAAAGAGCAAAAAAAACACACAAGCAUAAAAAAUAGAAUUUUUAAAUGUUUAAGUGGCGUAAAAAUGGCUAACAAAGCAAACAUAAAAACCUAAUUAAGUGGAAAUUUACCUAUUUCGACCAACAACAA